AUGGGGAAAGGAAAAAGCAAUGAUCCCAAAGAUGUGAAAAGAAAAGAAAAAGCCAAGAUAGAACUCAAAAGAAAUAUAGGUUAUUUAGAUGGGGUAAGUUUUAUUAUAGGAUCAAUCGUUGGGGCAGGGAUCUUUGUGUCUCCCACAGGAGUGCUAAAGCAUUCCUUACUCAAUGUCGGCGUUGCGCUAACGAUCUGGAUUGCGUCUGGGCUGGUCUCUCUGAUGGGUUCCCUCUGCUAUGCGGAGCUGGGAACUGCGCUGCCCUUCUCUGGAGGAGAGUACAGCCAUAUUAAAAGAGGCCUUGGAUCCCUGCCUGCCUUCAUGUUUAUCUGGACGUCAACAUUUACCAAGCCAGCUUCGAAUGCUGCUCGUGCCUUGCUGUUUGCUGAGUAUGCCACCCAGCCCUUCUACGGCAUUUGCCCUGCGCCUGAAGCACUGAAGAAAUGCUUGGCCUUGGCCGUUCUCUGGUCCCUGGGCGUUUUGAAUGGCUGCAGUGUCAAAAUGGCUGCAUGGGUGCAGACAGUUUUCACUCUGCUGAAGAUGAUGGCCUUGUCUGUGAUUGCUGUCGGUGGCGUAGUGCUCCUCGUUGGUGGGGGAAAGGAGAGUCUGGCCAGGUUUGAGGAUGCAUUCAGCUCAGAAAUGCCCAACCCAUCAGAGGUUGCUGAAGCCUUCUUCCAAGGACUGUACGCGUAUGGUGGCUGGUGGUCCCUCAAUUAUAUGGCAGAAGAGAUGAAAAACCCUAGCAGAAAUAUCCCCUUAACUGUGAUGACUGCUGUUCCUGCAGUAAUUAUUUUUUAUUUACUGGUGAACAUCUCAUAUCUGACUGUCCUAACACCUAAGGAAAUUGUCUCUUCAGUUGCUGUGGCAGUCACUUGGGCUGAUCGAGUGAUCCCUUCUGUUGCCUGGAUCAUUCCUCUCUCUGUUGCUGUCUCAAUAUUUGGUGCCCUCAACAGCAGCAUGUUCACACUAGGGCGAUUAAGCUAUGCUGGAAGUCAGUCAGGACAUCUACCUGUUUUAAUAUCUAUGCUUAAUGUCCACUCCUGUACUCCAGCACCAGCCAUGAUUUUUUCAACCACCAUCGCAUCCAUUUUUAUCAUCCCCUCUGACCUUAUUACGUUAACAAAUUACUUUGGAUUUUCUGCCUGGCUUAUGAUUGGAUUGACUUGUGCGAGCCUGAUUGUACUUCGAUACCGGGAACCUCAUCUACAUCGACCAUACAAAGUGUUUCUACCAGUACCAUUUGUGAUGGUGGCAGUGUCUUUCUUCUUAGUUUUAGCUCCCAUAGUCUGGUCCCCAAACCUGCAAUAUGUUUAUGCUUUCUUGUUUAUGCUGGGAAGUCUUAUUAUUUAUUUACCUUUUAUACAUUAUAAAUUGCAUUUUGCAUUUCUCGAUAAAAUUACUUGCCACUUACAGCUCCUGUUGGAAGUUUCUCCUGCUGAUGGAUCUGCAGAGGGCAAACAUGAAUAA